AUGUCCUCACACGAGAAACUCUCCGCCGCCGCCAACGACCGCAAAGCCCGCCUCGCGCAACUCAAAUCCCUCAAGCGCAAACAAGCUCCCACUGACGACGCCUCCACCGAAGAUGACUCUGCAGCCCUCACGAGAAUAUCAAUGGAGCCCACAUCAACAGAUCUCGCAAUUGUCGAAGAGCUCUCAGUAUCAUCCACCUACCUCUCCGGCCGCAACUACGACCCCACCACGCGCAACGUAAAACUCGGCUUCGACGCCCUCCCCAUCUCAGACCCUACUUCUACCCUCGAAUACAAAGCCGAGCAGCUCGCGCUCGACAUCAAGACCGCACAGCAAAAAGAGCUUGCCGAAGACAAAGGGCUUGACCUGUUCAAACUGCAGCCGAAGAAGCCGAACUGGGAUUUGAAAAGGGACCUAGGUGAAAAGAUAAGGGGGCUAGAGGUGCAGACUGAGAAUGCGAUUGCGAGAUUGGUAAGGAAGAGGGUGGAAGCGCAAAAGAGGGGGCAAUGGGAGUGA